GUGCAGCUGUUGGUCUUGAAUCCCUCCAUUUGAAGUGAAAUUGUUCCAACAGAAGGAGCAUCGUCUGGUACCGUAAAACAUUUUUGGAAAUUCGAGUUGCAAUAAAUUACAAUAUUUGAUGUAGUGCGCACAAAACACCGCAUACCAGACCGAGGAUGUUGAAGUGAUAUAAAUUGAUCUGCAUAAGGUAGCGGAAUUUGAUAAAAUAUUUGAUUGAAAGGAUUCGUAACAUAAAGUAAGUAUUAGAAAGAGACAUCUUGUUGGAGCGAGACCCAAAAACUGGUAAAAUUCAACGGCAGCACAAACAACGAAUUCAAUCAAAUAGAAGCCAACUGCAGUAGGCUGAUAACAAUAGAUACCUAGCACCAGUGUUAACAGAAAUCGAAAUAUGGCUACCUUUCGGAUUCACGAGGAUUUGGAGAAGGAGAACCGCAUUUUAGCGUCCAAGAAUGUUGAAACUGGCGCCGGUGGGCCUAAACAACAGACGCAGCAAAUUCAACGUUCCACGUUUAGUGUGUUAAAUAAUUUGGUCGGCAACAAAAGAACUGAGGGAUUAGUAGCUGGAGAAAAAGCAAUUCUGAAAGAUCCUAAACUCAAAAUUAAGCAUACUGUAAAUACCAAAACUAAACCAGAUGAAAAUUCUAUACCCGUGAAUCAGGCAAAAAUCGUAUUCAAACCAGUUGAACCGUUCAAAACGUUCCAAGUGUUUGAUGACUCGAAAGAAAACUCAAAAACAUCGACGUCGAAUAAAGAUGACUCAAUCAUAGAAAAUAAACGCGAGCCACUACAAGAGCUGAAAAAUGCUGAACUACUGGAAACGCCGAUGUCCGUCAGUGAAAACAUGUCACCGAUGUCGGUUGACAAAUCUGUUACCCUUUUGGAGGAUUCAUCAAUGGUCCCUCGGAACGAUCGCGAGCGCUUUUUUGAAGUAGAAGAAUAUCAGUCGGACAUUCUGACAUAUCUUAAGGAAGCGGAAAAACGGCAUCGUCCAAAACCAGCUUAUAUGAAAAAACAACCGGACAUAAAUCACUCAAUGCGUACUAUUCUUGUGGAUUGGCUCGUCGAAGUUUGCGAAGAGUACCGUCUACAAAGUGAAACACUCUGUCUGGCCAUCUCGUACAUCGAUCGGUUUCUGAGUUUCAUGUCGGUCGUCCGUGCCAAACUUCAGCUAGUCGGCACAGCUGCCAUGUUCAUUGCUGCCAAGUACGAGGAAAUCUACCCACCAGAUGUAGGUGAGUUUGUGUACAUUACCGAUGAUACGUACACGAAAACGCAAGUAUUGCGCAUGGAGCAGCUUAUUCUUAAAGUGCUCGGUUUUGAUCUAUCCGUACCAACCACGUUGGUAUUUACUACUGUCUAUUGCGUAAUGAACGAUGUACCAGACAAAGUGAAAUACAUGUGCAUGUAUCUCUGUGAACUCUCACUACUGGACGCUGAUCCUUAUCUCACGUAUUUGCCGUCGAAAAUUGCGGCUGGUGCAUUAGCUCUUUCUCGCUAUGUGCUUGAUUUACCCAUCUGGUCGCGCAUGCUAGAAACGAACACCGAUUACCGAUUGGAAGAUCUUAAGGACAUCAUUCUCGAUCUGAGUAAAACACAUCAUAAAGCCGAAUCACUAGGUCAGCAAGCGAUCCAAGAGAAAUUUAAAAGCAAUAAAUACAUGCAAGUUGCUACAAUUCCCGCAACGGAUCUGUCUGAGGACACUUUUGACAAAAUGUGCAAAUCGUUGGCAACGAUAGUAUCUGCUGCUUCAGAAACAGAACCCUCUUCCACAGGACCAAUAUCGAUGAAUGCGCCACUGAGCCACAAUGAUUCAAUGCGGGAAAUGAUGUCAUCUUUGUUGUUUGUCUGAUAGACACCUCCAGCCUCAUUCCUAUAUUCACCCGCUUUUCUUCCGUAGUACCGUAGAAGUAACGUCUCACUGCAAAUGUGGUUUUUGUGUUUUUAUAAGUUUAUCGUUUCUUUUUUAAUUAUUUAAUCGACGUUUAGAUAUACUUAUUUUUAAUUUAUUCCUGUCACUCCUGUCGGUCUUCUUGUCCAUCCCCAUGCCGAAGAAAUUUUUAUGUUUUUUAAUGUAUUUUUAUAAGCCGAAUCAGAAGUAACAUAAUCGAAUUAUAUGACGACAAUAUUCAUGAUAAAA